GCUGUGUAAAUGGCGGGGGGAAAAGAAGACCGAUGGUGUUUUACAAAGGCUCAAAUAGAGAAUUCCCCCAGCCGAAAAUGUGGAAUAGACGCAGAAAAAGAAUUAAGUUAUAGGCAACAAGCAGCCAACUAUAUUCAGGAUAUGGGCCAAAGGCUGCAAGUAACUCAACUAUGUAUCAACACGGCCAUUGUUUACAUGCACAGGUUCUUUAUGUUCCACUCUUUUACAAAGUUCCAUAGAAAUGAAAUUGCUGCUGCCUGUUUGUUCCUUGCUGCCAAAGUAGAGGAACAGCCGCGGAAGCUCGAACAUGUUGUCAGCAUCGCAUACCGAUGUUUGCAUCGAGACCAACCAAGUCUCGAUACGAAAAGUGAGAAAUACCUGGAGAAGGCCCAGGAAUUGGUGUGCAAUGAAAAUAUAUUAUUGCAAGCAUUAGGUUUUGAUAUAACGGUGGACCACCCGCAUACGCAUGUGGUCAAGACGUGUCAACUGGUCCGAGGCAAGCUGAAACGCAUCUCAGCGGCAAAGAAUAAAUAUGAAGAAUUCUUCAGGAAGACGCUUGGUCUCCGUGUACCUCCAACCGUACUAGCAAGCAAGGAUUUAGCUCAGACUUCCUACUUCCUGGCAACCAACAGCCUUCACCUGACAAGUAUGUGCCUGGCUGCCAAACCCACGGUCGUGGCCUGCGUGGCGAUUCACCUUGCCUGCAAGUGGUCAAGUUGGGAGUUUCCCAAAUCGAAGGAAGGCAAGGAUUGGUGGUCUUACGUCGACAGAUCUGUCACAUUGGAAAUCCUUGACGACCUCACGCAGGAUUUUCUGAAUAUUAUCGAGAAGUGUCCCAGCCGUCUCAAGGGCAAGAUUAUGACAUGGAAGUCUGAUGACAGCUUAGACAAGUUACAAGACCAGUAUGCGGUGACUGCUCUCUCAAGCUUCAAGGAUACGCGUCCGUCUAAGCCUUUGUUAAAGGAUGAGAGACCUGAUGAUCACAAACGAUCCGAGCCAGGAACAAGCCGUGCCUCCUCUCCGCAGAAAAUGAAGCCGCCAUCUGAUAAACCAGAUGUUGGCCAUCCAUCUGCUGCAGUUGGUGCUAGUCAUGCGGAGGUGACAGCUGGGAUGCGACGGUCCAAGUCUGAUGCGAGUCUCGUGCACUCUUUCAAGGAAUAUAAAGAGAUUAAGGCAAGGCAGGAAGCAGCAGCGGCCGCUCAGCAACGGACUGGUGUUGGUAAUGGACACGCCAAACCUAUUCCACAUGCUGCUGGUUCCAGCCGGCCGCAACCAGAAAUCCCACCUAUGACCAUGAGGAUCAGACAGCCGAUACCAGAAGUUUGCAAGUCUCAACCAAUGCAUGACGCACGGAGACCUCAACCAGGCCCAGAGGUUCGAAAACCUCUUCCGCUGCCGCAAGAGGUUCGUAAACCUUCUCAACCAGGACCUGAUUUACGGAAAUCUCAAAGUGUGCAAGAUGUUCGCAAGCUUCAAUCAGAGACAGAGGCACGAAAGUCUCAGUCCACACCAGAGGUGCAUAAGCACCCAACGCCUGAAGGUCGUAAGCAGGCAACACCUGAAGGUCGUAAGCGGGUGACACCUGAAGGCCGUAGGCAAACAACGCCUGAAGGUCGAGCACGUCGAGAAGAACAAAUUAAAAGUCCGCUGAUUGGAAAAGAGCGGUGUGAAGUUCGAUUAGAACGUAUAGAUAGCCGGGAUCUAUCUUUAUCUAAAUCAGGGCGGACUGACAUUAAAUUAGACUCAGAUUUGAAAUUUGAAAGACCUGAUAUUAAACAGGAAAGACUUAGUACCUCUGUCAAACAGGAGCGGCCAGAUCGGUCGUUUUCCAGCACAAAACAAGACCGUCUGGACGGUCAACCGGAUAGAUUACCAAGCAUCAGUUUAAAAAUAGAGAAACACGGUGAGGAGCGAUCUGCUAAACCAGUUAAAAUGGACACUUCUGAGCCUGAGAAAUUGCAUGAGCGUGAACCGUUGGUUAUGAGGAUUCCUGUCGUUGAACAGUUGACGGCAGAGCGCGAGAAAAAGCAGGAGAAAAAAGAGCGUGAACGACGUGAGAGACAUGAAAGAAAGCGCUUAGAAAGGGAGCGUGAAAAGGAGAAGGAGAAAGAGAAGGAGGGGUUGAAGUUGAAAAUAAAAAUAGGUGGUCUGCAACCUGAAAUACAACAGGAAGGAGGUAUGAACCGAUCAGCCAGUAGUGUUGAUGUUAGGACUCACAAAUUGAACAUGGACUCACAGCAGAUGCCUGCGCGUCAUCAUCAUCAUCAUCAUCAUGGACAUCAUCACGAUCAGAGUUCUAUACGACACUCGACUAGCUCUAGUGAUUUGAAAUUAAAAAUAAACACUUCUAAACUUCAACCACCACCUCCUGGUGCGACACCUCCACCACCUGGGACAGAAUCACCUGGCCAACGUAAAGAACUUCUAGGAAUACGUAUCAACAAACACGACCUCAAACAAAAGUCCAGUUCGUCGCGGAAACGGCCGCGUAGUCCAUCAGCAGGGCAUCAUUCGAAACAUUCGCGUCGAGAGACGUUCAGCCCGCCUAAACCUUCCGCAUCGAAUAUGAUGAAUCGCUCAAUACAAGAUGCAUUGGGUGGUGACCACCCAAAUGGCAGCGGGGACCCUGACCCAGCUCUACCUCCACAAUCGGACCAGGCAAGUGUUGGCCAUGUCCAACUCCAAGACACAUUAAUACAGCGUCAGUUGAUAGAUCUAUCCAAAAGGCAAAUAACUUAUCAGCGGCAUGUGCUCUCGCGGCAGCCCUCGCUGCCUCCUUUACAAGCUGCACCGCCAAUGCCUGACCAUCCGCCCUUGCCACAGCCUCCCCUUCCACCACCAAUACCCACAGAGCCCCCACCACCUUCACCCCCUCUGCCACCAUCGCAGUGACUGUCAUUGCACCUUGACUGUUACAAGCUGACCAUGUUUAUCAUUAUCACCUUGACAUGAUCUCUGAUGUAACUAGGCUGGCACAAAACCCUCUUUGAAAGUGCUUCAGUCUUUGUGUGGCAAGUUGAAAUUUCACUGUUGUUUUCACGUUGGCCUGUUCGGUCACUCCUGUAACCAAGGGUUGGACAUAGUCCUGACUGGAACCGUUUCCGAACCAGUUUGAUCACUGGCAAACUUUCCCAGAAACGUCUCCAGGGAUGAGAGAGGAUACACUCAAUAGGUGGUUCUGCUUGAUAUCUCUAAUCCUGUUCUCAAAGGUGAAUAUUUACGUUGAAAUAUGGCACUGGUUAUGGUGGUCGUGGCUGCAAGUGGAUGCCUGAUAAUCUAUCACUGCAUGUUGUUGUGUUCGGGAUGAAUCAUGAACAGUGUUUAGCCUUGACAUUUCUGGCCAGAUUUGAAUGCUAUGAAGCUAAACACCGUUGAUGAAUUCAGCUCUUGGGGUUGUAUCUUUGUGUAGUAUAGUAGUAUUGUAUUGUUGUGGUGCAUGUAAAAAUGCAAUUCUGAAUAGGUUGUCGAGUGAUUUGCUAUCGAUUUGCUAAAGAUUUCUGGAUUUAGAAAUCAUAGUGGCUUAUUACAAUGUCGGGAAAAGGCAAGAAAAAAAUUAUAAAAUAGAAGAAAAACUUUCAAAACCAGACAACCUUGUUGUUAGAGAUGCAGUUGCAUGUUAGUGUUUGCUGUGUUGGUUGUCGUUGUGAAGUGAUCGGAAAGACGAUGUGGAAAAAGAAUUUGUAGUAAAUUGAUAGUUUGCAGUAAUUUACUGAGCACAAAUAGUUAAGUUUGCUUUAUUUUAUUUGACUCGUUGCGAAUAUUGUAAGUUUCUUUCCUAUUUAAUUUUGGAUACAUUCAUGUAAAUAUUUGCCUCUCAUCUUCAUUACAUAAAUGUGUGAUUACUGUUUGUAUAAUUUGGUUGUGAUAAAUUUUCCUCGAGAAAGUGCAUAAAGGUGAUGCGGUGUUUAAUUUGAGAAGGUAAUGGAAAGUUCUCCAUGUCGAGUUGGUGCAUUUAGAUUAUGUCUGUGAUAGAUGCUUGUAAUAGAAAACUUCACGGGUGAUCCAGGAUGGGUUUGCAUUAACAUUUGGUUCACAUUGUCACAUGUCAUUGUUCACUUGUCAAGGAGCAUUCGUUAAAUCAACAGAUUCAUAUGUUGUGUGUUACUUCGAUAAAGAAUAUUUUUAUUUUCUCCACAGUUCCUCCGAAAGCAAAGAUGCCAACCAGUAGCACGGCCUGAAGGUGUCUCGUCCCAAUGACCUCUCGCCCUAGUUGCAACCCUUGUAUUGUAACCACAGUCACACAGGAGCAAGAUGACACGUCCCUUUAACUAAUUGGAUCUUAGAUCAUAGACCACUCCACCAAGUCACAGUUAGAGUAUGUUUGGUACAUUGGGACACGAGCCAUUAUCAUUACUCUUUCUUGUUGAACUGCCGUAAAAAAAAGAAGAAGGUGUUUACUCCUUUAUUAACAGAAUUUCAUGAAGCAAGUGUUGAUGUGAAAGAUGCCUUUCUGGCUUGAAAAGGAAGACAACUUCACCUCGCUCAACAUUUGUUUUGUGAAAUUCAGUUUAAAAUGAAGUAAAUUCCAUCAUGACCAUGGCAGUACCUUGUAGAAUGAGGAGUAAUGUGUAAUGUUCUACUCUAACAUUGAUCAUGGUGUCCCAUCUAUGUUUGGAAACAGGCUGGAGUCUGGUUUGCAAUGCAGCUCGCCACAGAAAACCUCCAGAAUACCAGUUCUCAACUUCAGCAAUCAAGUCAAUACAGGUGCACACUUUGGGUGAUAAAUUUCUGAUUACCUAAUUUCAAGAAAUAGUGGUUAACAUUGAGUAGAUUAUGGUUUAUACAACAUUAGAAGUGUUGUUUCUUUGUCCCAAACAGCACUGCACCUCAUAUAUGACUCGUAUUCUGGAGGUUUCCGAGUAUUUUCUUUUCAUCUAUUCGUGUGUGAUGUACUGCACCACCAUGUCCUGUUUUGGGUGGGGCAGAAAACAUUGCAAUUUGCUAUAUUUUAUUUUUGAUACUUUGAUAUAUGAAAACAGUGUUGACAUGGUGGUGCCUGUGAAAAAUUGUGUGUCUCUAAGUUUGGCAGCAUGUUCGCCAAUUCAGGUGUACCACUUUUAUGUGUGUGAAAUUUCAAAUUGAAUUCAGACGCUGUCUGUGUAUUAGUAUAGGUUAUCAUGUCACUGAUACACUAUUUCGGUCCAUACUUACGAAGUUAUACGGGUGGUAGACGAAUUGAAAAAAAGGCAAAUUUGGUUCUUGUGUCAAUUUCAGUUGAAAUUCUUAUUUGUCGAAAUAAAUACAUAUUUGCAAAGCUCAAUAUACCGUUGCGUCAUCUGACCUUUUUAAGCGCUGUGGUCUGCCACCUCUUAUGCUUUUAGAAUUCGAAACAAUUAACAAUUAAGUAUGCUAACAACUGCACUUGCCCACCAUUUGCCCCAUUCUCCCUGCCCCAGGACAGCGAUCGGCGGCGCUGGUUGGCACCUUGGCAAGAAGGGGGACUGGCCUAACUGAAAAUCUGAAGCAAAAUGAAAAGUAUGUAUUGUACAGUUUUUCACUCCAUGCUUGUCUAAGUGGUGAUGGUGUUGAGUGAAUUAGUUGAUGCACGAGUCUUUUGUUACUUACGAGUCAACCAUGCAGCGCAUUCUCUGUGCCAGGGCUUUUAAUGUACAGUUCCGUGGGGCGGUAAAAAUGCGAAGGUAGGCUAGGAAGAUGGUCCUGCAAAAUUAUCUUUAAAAAGGCAAACAUUGUAAUGUAAGUUGUAUCUCAGUGAUGUGUGCCACCAUAAAGCCUAUAUGCUAUUUACACUGGUCGGCUCAGUUGCGGUCCAAAGCAGACCUGCGAGUGUGCUAAAUAAUUGCCCGUGGCCUCCAGUUGAUAUGCCUCUCGUACUAUCGUUGAUCUUACGUUGUCAAGAGAAUUAUAUUAUAAUGUUUUGUUUUUUUAAGAUGAAGGUGAUACAUGUAUGAUAAUCGUAAUUUAUAAGACUGUUAAGUCAAGGGUGUGUAAAAAUGUAAUCAUUCGAAAAAAGUUACUGGAGAAAAUGUGGUGUUAAAAGUGUUUUGAAUGGUUUCUACCAUGUUAUGGGGUGGAGCGAAGGAAACCCCAGGCUGGUGAAAAAAUGUAGUGGUUUGAAGGUUUAGAAGAUCCCGAUGUGUUUCUACAAAAUGUAUUUAAAUUCAUUUCGCUCUAUUAGUUUGCCGAGACGGCUUGUUCUUUAUUGUAUAUUUCCCAGAAAAUAAUAUGUGAGCCGUUUCAGUGCAUCUGGUAUGAAAGAUAGGCGAAAGUAGGCAUCCUGUACAUUCUCUUAAUCAUGUAUGUAUGGUGUCGUUUAUAAUUUGGAUGUAUGUCAUCACAAAAACACAAAAACUGCCAUAAAAAUCUAACAUGGCCUCAGUGGUCAUCGUAGUCAUUGUUUAGUUCGUAACCAUGGUAACGGACGAUGAUUUACUGUAAACCGGGAAAUUUUCGUGUGCAUUUCAAUGCAUUUUUUAACAACCUGCAAAUUUCGCCAAAAAAAGUUGCAGCGAAAUCAAAACUUCUUUGCAAUUACUGUUACAGUGUGUUCAAAAUGCUAAAUUAAAACUUCAUCUUUUUCGCCAAAGAUGCAGUUUCAUAAAAGUUGCGAAUAUUUCCUGGUUUACAUUACCUUUGUAAUGUGUGAAUAUAGUGUACGAUUGCCGAGUGGGUGAGAAUAGAAUUUCUUUUUGCGUGUUGGUGACUGGCUAGCUCCGGAUCCAGUUUGUGAUGAAGGGAUGUUCAUAAUGUUAUCGAUGGCUUCCAUCCCGAUGCCUGGUGCCUCAGGUUGGACAACUCAUGCAUCAAAGGACACCCUUCAUCAUAGGUAUGACAUUUUGCCAUUAGACCUUGCCUGCUGCUGGGGAAAAAGUAACAAGUUGGGCAGUUUUAAUAUAUCCUGUAGUUUUGAUUGACACAGAGCUGUCGUCCGUAAAGAAAUAGAGAUGUUUUCAUUACCGCACCACAUUUGUUGUAGAAAGGUAAUAGUGCAUCUAGUGCAUUACAGUUGAAAUCUACACGUUCCUUCAGUUAGUGUUUAACAGAGCAUUCACAAGAAUGUCACUGUUCACAGUCGGGACUGGCCUUCUUGUUUCUUUGCCCAAUAUACUGGAGCAGUCGGGCCAGAUUGGCAAAACAAUACGACUGAGUUGUGGGGUGAUCGGGAUCUAGUCGGCUUUAUCAUACAAUGUUGUGAUGUUUCUCUGCAGUUCUCUCCCCUUGUGGUCAGCUGUUCGUAGAUGUUGGCGAUACUUCUUGCACUCCUUGGGUUAAUGGUGCUAUGUAAUGUCUUGCAAUGAAUAAUCAGUUUGAAAUGUUCUCACAAGCAAGACAUCUUCCUAAAUCGGAUCACACUUAGGCACUGUUCUGUACCCUUGGAGUGUAAAACUUAGGCAAUUUUUUUCAAGUAUCCCCAAUAUUUUGUAAGUUGCCAUGCUGAUUUUAGACUACCCCGGCUGUCUUAGUGUCAAUGCACUGACAGUCCAGUUCGCUCUGAUGGCUCCGACAUUUCUGCAAUCUUGAUUCAUUAUGCAACCACAUAGCAGUAGUCAUUGCUAUGCAUAUAUUUUAUCACAUCCACUGAUGCAGUUUUUGCGGUAGGAGUCUGGUGUUCAACUCCAAAGUAAAAAUUCAAUGUUGUCAUUUAGCAGUAUGUGUUAGCGUCUGGGAGUUGCAGUGACUGUCAACUCCCGACAGAGUUAUUCCCUUUCCCUGAAACUUCAAUAAAACUUUUGUAACGCAUGGCAACUUGUCCCAGAUGACCAGAUCGGUAAAGACCUGCGGAGGACAUUUUUGUAAUCUUCUUAAACAUUUGUCGAAACUCAUGUUCACCACUGUCAUUUUGUUAACGAUUUCUUUCACUGUAUAUUGAAGUAAGAUGAACAUGUUGAGACUUGACGAUGAAAGUAAAUGCAAUAUGUUGAAA